AUGCUUCCACAGACCUGGGAGGACCCUAAUGUCAUCACCCACAAGGAAACCAAUUGCGCCGGCGACAACGAUCCCGUGGAUAUCGUGGAAAUCGGCUCUGAGGCCCUAGCACAGGGCUCCGUGGAGAAAGUCAAGGUGCUAGGAGCCUUGGCCAUGAUCGAUGAUGGAGAGCUGGAUUGGAAGAUCAUCGGCAUCCGCGCAGCGGAUAGUUUGGCAGCAGAGCUGAACGACAUCGCCGAUGUAGAGGCAAAAUGUCCGGGGGUCAUCAGCGGCAUUCGCGAGUGGUUCCGCUGGUACAAGACCCCAGAUGGCAAGCCCCUGAACGCCUUCGGCUAUGAGGAAAAGGCGCUGGACAAGAAGUUCGCCCUUGAGGUCAUUGAGGAGACCCACGACGCAUGGAAGAAGCUGAGAGAGGGAAGCACCGACAAGGGCAAGCUUUGGGUCGGCAAGUAA